AUGAAGGGCUUCAUCGGUGGAAUCCCUGUGGCACUGCUGGCAGUUGCUGCCCAGGCUAAGUUUGCUGAACGUCAGGAGCAUGACUUCCACCCCCAGGCUGGUGGUACCGCCAUCGGAGGGCCUUCCGGAAAUGAUGACGAUGGGUUCGUUAGUCCAUACUCCGCCAGCAUCCAAACUGAGACGCACGUCAACCAGUGGAACAAGGAUGACCACUCUAUCAAGCUGAAGCACACGGAUGUGUACCCUGCCCCCCCGGUUCUGCCUGUGCCAUUUGAGCACCGCCGCCCUCAAGGGCCACAGGAGGGACCUUUCGAAAAAAGAAAGCGCAGUGCCCCAGGUGGCACUGCCAUCGGUGGCCCCUCCGGAGACGAUGAGGGCCAAAGCUUUGAGCUGUCUGUGACGGGUGUCUUCGACACAGAGGUCCACGAUGAGAACCAAGAUGAUCACUCCAUCGAUCUCAAGGAAAAGAACAUAUACCCUGCUGCUCCCGUCGUUGUGCACCCUCCCCCCCACUUUGGUGGACCCCCUCGUGGCGGCUACCGUGGACCUGCUGGCUCGCCAUCGGCUGGCUUCAACGCCCCAAGCCAGGGCUACGAGAAGCGAUUUGGUCCCCACGCAGGUGGAACUGCCAUUGGUGGUCCUUCAGGCAAUGACGGCGGACAGAGCUUCAGUCUUUCCACCAGCAUCGAGACUUCCGCAGAUGUUCACGAGCAUAACGAAGAUGAUCACUCCAUCGGUCUGACCCAUGAGGAUGUCUACCCUUAUCCUCAUGCCCAUUCCUUUUCUCCAUUCCGUCGUUCAGAAAAUCACGGCCCUCCUGGCCAUGGCGGCGCUCCGCCCGCUGGUCACUUUGAGCCUCACCCAGAGCCCCAUUACGAGCCUCACACUGAGGCGCACUAUGAGCCUCAUAACGAGCCACACUACGAGCCUCACCCUGAGCCUCACUUCGAGAACCACCCCGAGCCUCACUUUGAGAAUCACCCGGAGCCUCAUUACGCGCCUCACUAUAGCCCUACCUACGAGCCCCACUACGAGCCGCACACUACAUUUGAACACGAGCUCACCUCGUUGAAGAACAACAACAAUGGCCCUUCGGCUGGGAGCAUUGUCUUUGGUCGCAGAGGAUUCCCCGCCGGCCCUGGCCCUCACGUUGAGCCUCACCCCGAGCCUCACUUCGAGCCUCACUCUGGGACGCACUUUGAGCCUCACCCCGAGCCUCACUUCGAGCCUCACUCUGAGACGCACUUUGAGCCUCACCCAGAGCCCCAUUACGCGCCUCACCCCGAGCCUCACUUCGAGAGCAACCCCGAACCUCAUUUUGAGAACCACCCCGAGCCUCACUAUGACCCACACUACAGUCCUAGCUACACGCCACACUACGAGCCACACACUACCUUCGAUUCCGAGAUCACAUCAUUGAAGAACAACAACAAUGGUCCUGCUGCUGGAAGCAUCACGUUUCGUCGCCGCGCAUAUGCCCCUACCCGCGACGCUGACAUUGGUGGUGGCACUGCUAUUGGAGGUCCGUCAGGUGAUGACGAUGGUAGCGCCUUCUCUGCUCCCACCGACGUUGAUGUUACCAACGAUGUGGAUGAGCACAAUGAAGACAACCAUGCCAUCACGGGCGAUUUCACCCAUGUGCACCCUGACGGCCCAGCCGAAUACUCUGGAGAGGAUCAGGUCGAGGGCCCUCAAUGCGCUGCGCAGACUCAGGAUGUCGUCCACACUGUGACCAAGACCCAAUACAAAACUGCCGAGGCGACCCAUGUGGUCUAUCAGUCGGCUCCUGUCGUUGAAGCCAAUCUGAUUCCCGGCGACGCCCACGACCCCGAAUUUGUCGGCGCAGACGCCUACGCUCCCCCAGCUCCUGCUCGUUCUAGCGCCUCUCCUGAGAACCCCAUGUACCGAGCUCCUACUACCAAUAACCUGAACCCUACACAUGUGCCGAUGGCCGCCCCGUCUUCUGGAAGCAGCGCUGCCUACGCAAAUUAUCCCAAACCCUCCCCCGGUACUAAUUCCUUCGGGGACUACGCUCAGCCUUCCACCGGGGCCUAUCCUUCCGCGGACUACGCUCAGCCCUCCACUGGGGCCAAUCCUUCUGCGGACUACGCUCAGCCUUCCACUGGGGCCAAUCCUCGCGGACUACGCUCAGCCUUCCACUGGGGCCAAUCCUUUCGCGGACUACGCUCAGCCUUCCACUGGGGCCAAUCCUUCCGCGGACUACGCUAA